AUGAUCCGACCUACCGACUUGGUCGCUCGUUACGAGGUUUCGAACGUGCAGACCACCUCCACCAGUUUUUCCGCUGAUUUGUCAUUGGCGGGAGCCGCGUGCAAUAACUAUGGAACCGACUUGGAGAACCUGACGUUAGAAGUCACUUACGAGACCGCGACACGUCUACACGUCAAGAUCCAAGACACGGCGAACUCGGUAUACCAGGUUCCAGAAUCUGUAUUCCCACGACCCAGCGCUUCGCAAGGAGCUACACGCACCGCCUUGAGCUUCAACUACACCGAGUCGCCUUUCUCUUUCACUGUGUCCCGCAGUGACACAGAAGAAAUACUCUUCGACACCUCGGCAGCCAGCCUCAUAUUCGAGACGCAGUAUCUACGGCUGCGGACCCGGCUUCCAGACAAUCCAAACAUCUAUGGGCUCGGUGAGCACUCGGAUGCUUUCCGUCUUAACACGACCAAUUACAUUCGCACACUCUGGAGCCGAGAUGCUUACGGCACGCCCAGUGGGGAGAAUCUGUACGGGAAUCACCCCGUCUACUUUGACCAUCGGGGAGCCAAUGGGACCCAUGGCGUGUUCUUCCUGAACUCGAACGGCAUGGACAUCUUCAUAAACAGCACAGGGCCGUCUGGGCAAUACCUCGAGUACAAUACUCUAGGAGGCGUGCUUGACUUUUACUUGAUCGCCGGCCCUGGACCGCUGGAUGUCGCAAGACAAUAUGCCGACCUUGUAGGCUUGCCUGCCAUGCAACCGUACUGGGGCCUUGGAUUUCAUCAAUGCCGUUAUGGGUACCAGGAUGUGUACAAUGUUGCCGAGGUGGUGCAGAACUACUCAGACGCAAAGAUCCCACUUGAGACCAUGUGGACUGAUAUUGAUUACAUGGACCUGCGGAAAGUCUUCUCGUUGGACCCCCAAAGGUUCCCCCUUCAACUAAUGCAGCAGCUCGUCGAUCAUCUUCACAACCAUGACCAACAUUACAUUAUGAUGGUCGAUCCUGCAGUGGCCUACAACAGCUAUGCGCCUUUCGAACGAGGUGUACAAGAUAAUAUCUUCUUACUCCGUUCAAACGGCUCUCUGUGGCAGGGUGUUGUCUGGCCAGGCGUCACCGUGUUUCCGGAUUGGUUUUCUGCAAACAUCACGCUCUACUGGGACAACGAAUUUGCGAUAUUUUUUAAUCCUGAGUCUGGACUUAAUAUCGAUGCCCUCUGGAUUGACAUGAAUGAGCCUUCGGACUUUGCUUGCAACUUCCCUUGUGACAAUCCAGCUCAACAGGCCGCGGCCGAAGGCUUUCCUCCGGCUCCACCUGCACUUCGUGCAUGGCCACGUCCGCUGCCCGGUUGGCCGUGCGAUUUUCAACCGCCAGGAACAGAUUGCAAUUCAACAACGAAUGAGCAAAUGAAGACCAAUUUCAGGGGCCUGGACCAGACCGCUGUGAACCAACUCGGGCUCCCUGGGCGCGAUCUUCUCUAUCCAGGGUAUGCCAUCCAUAACUACGCUGCCUAUCUCCCGAGCUGGAAUGCAGCAGAGGGUGGCUUGUCGAACCUCACAGUGAACACCGACGUGACCCACCAGAACGGCCUCGCCAUGUACGACACCCAUAAUCUGUACGGGACCAUGAUGUCAGCUGCAUCCCGCGACGCCAUGCUCGCUCGCCGUCCUGGCCUACGGCCUAUGAUUAUCACGCGAUCAACAUUUGCGGGCGCGGGGACAAAGGUCGGCCACUGGCUUGGCGACAACCUAAGCGACUGGCCACAUUACCAAAGAUCGAUUGCGAUGAUGAUGGGUUUCGCAUCCAUCUAUCAGGUUCCCAUGGUCGGAUCCGAUGUAUGCGGGUACGGCGACAACACGACUGAGCAGCUAUGUGCUCGGUGGGCCAUGCUCGGUGCCUUCAGUCCCUUCUACCGUAACCACAACAGUUACCCGCCCGUCAUCUCGCAAGAGUAUUAUCUGUGGGAGACUGUUGCUGAAGCAGCACGCAAGGUUAUCGAUAUACGGUAUCGGCUUCUCGAUUAUAUCUAUACCGCGAUGUAUCAGCAAUCUGUGGACGGGACUCCACUGAUCAACCCGAUGUUCUACCUGUACCCUGAAGAUGAGGCCACGUUCGGCCUAGACAUGCAAUACUUCUAUGGCGAUGCCCUGCUCGUUGCUCCAGUGACCGAGGAGAACGCCACCAGCGUCGACGUGUACCUACCAGACGACGUCUUUUACGACUGGUACACUUUCAAGCAAGUUCAGGGGACAGCCGACUAUAUCACGGUCACGGACCAGGGCCUCACAGAUAUUCCUCUGUACCUCAGGGGUGGCACGAUUGUUCCCUUGCGUGCAGAGUCGGCCAUGACGACGACAGAGCUGCGAGCAAAAGAUUUCGAGCUUCUCAUCGUUCUUGGCAGUGCUGGUACGGCAAGCGGGCAUCUCUACCUUGACGAUGGAGUCAGUCUGCAGCAAAAUGGAACCACAUUUGUGCGAUUCGACUACGCCAACGGAACUUUGGUUGCUGACGGGACGUUCGGGUACGCAGUCGGGGUCUUUGUCUCCAGCGUCAUUAUUCUCGGGCAGAGUGUCUGCGUCAACAUCCACAUGUCAAGUGCAGCCGUGGUUUCCACAGUAUUUCCUUUUGGAGAUAAGCAUCUUUGA